UUUCUCUCUCUUUUCCUAUUUAUUUAUUUAUUUAUAUAUAUAUAUUUUUUUUAUUUAAAGUGAAAAAAUGCCAAAUAUAUCAAUUGCAACAGAAAAGCCUAGUUUGAAUCGUACAAAAUAUACAAUGGAAGAUGGUACGAUUGUUAAUACAACAGACCGUAUUUGCACAGAAAUUGAGCCACCUGCUUUUAAGAAGCCAAUAGAUGAAGAGUUAUGGUCAAAGGAGCGUCCUGGUUUACCUGAUUUAGGAUUCUUAAGAGAACAUUUACGUCGAGAAGGUCGUUUGACAGAAGAACAAGCGCUUCAGAUCCUGAAUGCAACAAAGACACUUUUGAGAAAGGAACCUAAUUUAUUACGUAUACCUGCACCUAUUACUAUCUGUGGUGACGUGCACGGACAAUAUUAUGAUCUUUUAAAGUUAUUCGAAGUAGGGGGGGAUCCUGCAGAGACUAGAUAUUUAUUCUUAGGCGAUUAUGUAGAUAGAGGCUAUUUUUCAAUUGAGUGCGUACUUUACCUUUGGGCUCUUAAAUUAUGGUAUCCAGAUACUUUUUUUUUACUACGUGGAAAUCAUGAAUGUCGUCAUUUGACUGACUACUUUACAUUUAAGUUGGAGUGUAAGACAAAAUAUUCUGAAAAGGUCUAUGAUGUUGUAAUGGAAUGCUUUGAUAGUCUUCCAUUAGCUGCCAUUGUGAAUGAACAAUUCUUUUGUGUUCAUGGUGGGUUAUCACCAGAAUUAAAGACUCUAAAAGACAUUGAAGACAUUGACAGAUUUCAAGAAACUCCGACAUUUGGAUUAAUGUGUGAUUUGCUAUGGUCAGACCCAUUUGAAGAAUUUGAUGCUGAUGAUUCACCUAAAUUUGAACAUAAUCAUGUUCGUGGAUGUUCUUACUUUUACAGUUAUCGAGCCGCUUGUAGCUUUUUGGACAAAAACAACCUUUUAUCCGUCAUUCGUGCACAUGAAGCACAAGCAAAUGGAUAUCGUAUGUAUCGUAAAAGUAAAACGACUGGAUUCCCAGCAUUGAUGACCAUUUUUUCUGCACCCAAUUAUAUUGAUGUAUACAACAAUAAAGCAGCUAUUCUUAGAUAUGAUGAAAAUGUACUCAAUAUUCGUCAAUUCAAUUCUAGUCCUCAUCCUUACUGGCUUCCCAAGUUUAUGAACGUAUUUGACUGGAGUUUACCUUUUGUUGGUGAAAAGAUUACUUCUAUGCUUUUGGCGUUAUUAAAUAUUUGUUCACAAGAAGAAUUAGCAGCCAUUACAAACGAAGAAGAAGAAGAAAAGGACUCGAAAUCACCUAUCGUUAUUCUACCUGAUAAUAUAUCACCAGAACAAAGACGACAAAUCAUUAAAAACAAAAUUAUGGCGAUUGGUAAAAUGUCCCGUACUUUCUCUGUUCUUCGAGAGAAUUCAGAGUUGGUAAUGGAACUUAAGAGUUUAUCCAAUACGGGUAAAUUACCUACAGGUACAUUAGGACUUGGUUCAGAGGGUAUCAGAAAAGCUAUUACUACAUUUGAAGAAGCAAGACGCUCAGAUAUUGAAAAUGAACGUUUACCUCCUGCUUCUCGUGAAAGUAUGGACGCUAUUCACCGUGAAGUGACUCAUUCAAAGUUAAGAGAUGCCUUGGAUGAAGAGGAUGAAGAUUUAAGUCGUAUGGCAGAUGUUAUUGCAUCUGUUCCAGACCGUAAACAUCGUAUAUCAAAAUCAUAACAAAUUUAAAUAGAAGACAUAUAAAUAAC